CCAUAUGGUGAUUUCACUGAAAGAUUAGUUCUGGGCGAUGAAAAAUAGCCUCUACAGUGGUUGAAGAAUGUCAAGCUCAAUGUUUGAGCUCACCAUUUAUAAUUAUUUUGUUGUGACAGACUGUCAUUGAGUGAUGUUAAAAAAGACUAAUGCUUUAGAUAACCAUAUACGUUUUAACAGCAUUUAAAAGCCCAAAUUUAUGAUAACUGCCACUCGGAAGAAAAUUAUUAUCACUUAAUUGUGAUGAGAGUGGGUUUGUUUGCUUGUCUGUAUGGGAAGUGUUUUAAAGUACUAUGGGAAGGAUCUAUGCAUUAUUUGAUCAGUCAUUUGUAACCACGGUCCCCCCAGGUCUGGGUAUAGUCGGGAAAUUGGCCGUGUUUUAACUUUUAAGGUAGCUCCGCAGUGCCAAGUGAAUGUGUUAUGCACCAGUCAGUUGUAUCCACAGCCCCACCAGGUCAGGUGGUAUACUUUGAUUCAAGCAUGCUUGCUUUUGCCAAUGUUUUAGCCAACCAUAUGGUGAUUUCACUGAAAGAUUAGUUCUGGGCGAUGAAAAAUAGCCUCUACAGUGGUUGAAGAAUGUCAAGCUCAAUGUUUGAGCUCACCAUUUAUAAUUAUUUUGUUGUGACAGACUGUCAUUGAGUGAUGUUAAAAAAGACUAAUGCUUUAGAUAACCAUAUACGUUUUAACAGCAUUUAAAAGCCCAAAUUUAUGAUAACUGCCACUCGGAAGAACCGUUUUGGAGAUAAGGACAGUUUACUCCACUUUGAUCUUAGCCAGAAGGACGAGUUCACCUAGAAAUAUAAGAAGCCAUGCUCCUACAUUGUUAGAAGGAGUGACAGCUUGCCGUCAGGCCUUGUGUUGACAUAAUGACAGAAGAAGAUUCAGAAGCCAUGUCCACCAGUAGUUUGCCUAAUUUCAAAUCGCUGGGGAUGGAUUAUAUGGAUGAUGAUAUCUUUGCCUCUCAUAAUGACAUUGCCUGUUCUUCAAGGAUGGAGCAAAUGCCUUAUUUGGAAGAACUGCAAGGUCACAAAACAGUUGUGUUGUCUGGAACAGUCACACACUUUAAAGACUUUAAUGAAGAUGCGAGGCAACUACUAAAAAAUGGACCUUUUGAAGGACCUAAAGGUGUCUUUAAGAAAUUGGACAAGUUUCCCAUAGUUAUUUCAACUGAAACCUCAAACUACAUUGAGAAUGAACACUACCAGGUUAUCAGAAAAAUUGAUAGAACAAUGAUGGAAACUUGUUCUGACAAUCGUUCCCAACAAAAGUUCACUAGGCAAAGGAUAAAAAAAAAAGAAUUUGGCAGUGACACACUGGAAGCCAUUCUGUCAAUGCAAGGGACAUGCAAAGAAAUUCCCGAGCUUUUGGGCAUAAUGACAAGUCAGGAUUGGGUGGAACUGUUUUGGAAUUUCGAAGGUGUAACUGUUGCAGAAUUGAAAAGCUCACACAUGCCAGGAAAGCUUUCUGACAAAGAAAAUGUUGAUUUUUUAAAGCAGUGUUUACGGUUUGGAAGUGAGUUAGAACGGAAAGGAAUAUGCUUCCAGUAUAUCAAUCCGUGGUCAGUGUUUGUGGCAGAAAAUGGUUCUCAGCUAAAGUUUGUGGAUUUCUCCCUUGCUAUAUUUGCUGGAAACAAGAUACCUUCCGAUGAAUGGUACAAGAAGAAGCUCAUCAGAUUUCCAGAGUGUUCCUCACCUGAAAUCUGUCGUUUCAUACAGUCGCAAAUAAAUAGUCCGUCGCAUGAAUACAUGGAUAGUAAAUCAGAUGUCUUCAUGUUGGCUCUCCUAUGGAUAUGUCUCUCUGCUGGAAUGCAUGCAUCUCGAGACACGGAUCGUUUUGAAUUCAUUAUGAAGAGAGCUAAGGCUGGAAAACUUGAGCUUGGGGAAAAGGGAGAAAGUGUGAUGAAAGACAUCUUAUUGGGCAUGACACAAUGUGUUGAACAAAGACUGUCAGCACAAGAUGCUUUAAAGCAGAUGAAUGAGUGUGAUGACAGAUUUUUGAUGUCAAGAAAAGAUGUACCCCUUUUUGGAGAGCAAGCCGCUUCAGAAGUACUGGGAAGACUUAAAAGUUUUGUACAAGGAACAAUUCCUAUUGAAAAUCAGGGAGUGAAAAGGCCAAUUUCACCCAACAGUUAUGCUAAUGACUUGGCACCACAAACAAAAGGCUUGAAGAAAGAAAAUGAGCCCCAAAGCUUAAAAUAUUCUAAUCAUGGAGAUCAGUUUGACGUUUCUUUGGAUGCAGGACAGCGUGAAGGACCCCCACUGACUCAUGAAAGAGAACCUCAUCAGAUAGAAAGUUCUGAUGAAAUUCCAGAACCCAUUUUGGAAAAUCUUGAAAUUUUAACACUCAAAUUACUAGGACAAAAUCCAAAAGAGACGCAAGGUGAUGGCCUGUGUUCAUCUCAGAACACUGGCAAUGAGCAUCCAUGCAUGGAAGGAGAUGAAAUUCAAAUUUCAACAGACAGCGAUGCUAAGAGUGAAACAAAGUAUUUCAUGAGUGAGGAGGACAAUCCUUUAGGAAAUGCAUCAGACCAAAAGGAUGAGGACAUAUCUUAUAAAUUACGUAAUUGCCUGCCACACCUUUAUAAAAAAUCAGACAGCAGUUCUGGUAGUGACAUGGAGGAUGUCUUUGAGCAAGCAUUAGAAGAAGACUGCCCAGAAGAAAUAUUGAUGGCCAACAUGGUUGUCUUUGAUUCAGUUCCUAGUGAAGACUACACCCAGGAUAGACACAUACAGCCCCCAGAUCCCCCACCAUUACCUGCAGAUAAGAAUGGUUCUACAGGAGAAGAUCAUAAACUGCAGGCACCUUCUGAAACCAGAUUAAAACUAGAAAGACAGAAAUCUGGUAUUGAAAAGGAUAACAAAAGUUCUGCUUCCACAGUAUCUCCUUUUCAACACCAUGAAGUACCCUCAGGUGAUGUUCAUACUGAUGAUGGACAACCAUCUUCAUCAACCAACUGUUCCUUACUCGAAUCCAGACAGAUCAAAAGGGUUGAUGACAAUAUUUGCAAUGAUAAAUACUUAGAUAUUGUUAAGGAAGCCAUGAUCUGUUCAGGACUGCCUCCACAAUAACUGAAGAUCCGUUUCACCUAGGACCAUCAAACUUCAGUGCUCCAGUGAUGACAUUUGGACCAUGUUUACAGUUUUGAAUGCAACCAGCAAUGUUUUGCUUGGAUAACCUUGACUGUGACCUUUUGUCCUACUCUUAUCUGGAAGCUACAUCAAUUGAAGUUAGACCAUGUGUGCAGUUUUGCAAACAAAUAUCAAUGUUGUAUGAUCUAUACUGUGUCUUUUUGACCUUCUUUAUUAUUUUUGAAGCUACAGCAAUAGGAUUUGGACCAUGUAUACACAAUUGAAAACAAAUAGCAAUGUUGUGCUUGGAUCACCCUAAUCACUACAACAUUUGACAAUAAUAAAUGAUCAUGAUUUCUAUCUAUAAUAUCAUGUACCAAUGAUCAAACUAUUUGAAAUGUUGCAAUAUACGUAACAUGCAUUAUGAUGUUUAACCUGCUUCUUUGUACUCUCCUUUUUCUUUAUUUUGUGUUAUUCACAUAACAUGUGCAUAUUGUUAUAGUAAUACUUAUUAUUAAGAAUUGAUUAAUAAAUGUUUGGCCAUAUCUGUA